AUGCCCUCACAAAUCCCCGGCGCAGCGCCGCAGCCCGUCAGGACCCAGUCAGGCAGCUUCAAGACGAUGUUCGCUGGAAUGGCGAUCGUCACGACGGGCCUCAUCGCCUUCUACUUUGCCCAGUUCCGCGUUCAGGGCAAACGGAACCCGAACGAGGUGAAGAACCUCACCGAGGUGCCCAGCUGGCAAUUGCGCCACGCACAGCAGCAGCCUGGAGCAGCCCCCGAACUGCCCAAAGGCAAUUCGAACCUCCGCACGCGCAGCACGCCCGAUUAUGAGCCCAAGCCGUCGAGCGUCCCGCUCCCCGGUGCCUCGGGAGAUACGGGCGGCAUCGCCGCGAGCGUUUUGACUGCCGUCAAUGGCACGGGCUCGGAGGAGACGCAGGCCGACCCGAGGCACGUCGCGGCGCCGUCGCCGCCGCGUAGGCUGAAUGAUAGGGGGAUGAUUUAUACGAAGAACUCGGACUAA